UGCGUUGGUGAAACUGAUUCUGAUGAUCUUCUGUUUGUUUAAUGGUUCAUGUACGCAAUUAUUGCUUGUAAUGAAAUUGUUGGUUGUUUGUGAAGUGUUAGAAUUGUAUUUUUAAUGGACAAUGGAAGUGUAACGAAAUAUCAACAGUUUGUUUUCUUUUUGUUACUAUCGGCUGUGGAAGUUAUUCCAGUUAGUAUGGGUUGUGGAAGGUGUAUGUGGUAGUUAAAUGCUGUAAGAAGACUUGCUCAGGAACAAUGUGGUCUGGGGACACCCAGUAUUCGCAAUGGGCCCUCAACCCAUCUGCCUACCAGAAUGUGUCUCAUGAAGAAGUGGACUGGGCAGCGCUAGCGCAGCAAUGGAUCCAGAUGAAGGAGACGUGUCCCGUGGACCAGGUACCGCCGGCCCCGCCCCCUCCCGUCAUCGGGGACACGUCCGCACCGAAGAAGGGCGCCGGCUCGGAGGCCGGGGAGGCUCCCAUGGACAUGGAGCUCAAGGACGACCCGGACAGCUCCAACGCUUCCAACUCCAACUCCCAAGACGCAGCGUCCUGGAACAACUGGUCGAGCUGGCAGCAGUGGGGGUGGAACUGGGGCGGGGGCAUGCCCCCGGGAGCCGCCGCGCCCCCUCCCCCGCCCCCGGCGAUGAUGCCCAGCAAGGGGGCGGGCAUGCAGCCGUACCAGUACCCUCCCGGGCCGCAGCAGUACGGCCCGGCGCCCGGAGUGUACGAUUACAACCACACGCCCGGCUCCAACCACUACAACCAGAUGUUGCCAGGAGGGUAUUGGGGUGGGGCUCCCCCAGGGGCAGUGGACGGCCCCCCUGGGGCCCCGGUGGCCCCUGUUAUGAUGGGUCCGGCCCCCUUCAUCCGCCAGAACAGGCCGGAAUGGCGGCGGGGCGGGAUCGGCCGGCCCCAGGACCGCACCAAGCUGCCUCCCAAGUCUGACGACGAAGAAGACACCACCACCAUGAUCGACGCCGCCAAGCGCCGCCAGCUGCCGGCCUGGAUCCGGGAGGGGCUGGAGAAGAUGGAGCGGGAGAAGCAGAAGAAGCUGGACCUGGAGCGACAGCUGCGUGAGCGCGAGACGCUGCGUCAGCGCCGACUGCAGGAGGAGGAGGAGGCUCUGAGCGGCCUGGCGCCCGGCCUGCCCAAGAAGAGCAAGUUCGACAGCGACUCGGAGGACGAGCCGGAGCAGGAGGCGGCGGCGGUGCAGCCCCGGGAGGCCAGGAGCCCCAGCCCCUCGCAGCUGUCGGGCCGUCGCCGCUCCCGCUUCAGCGACGCUGCCAGCCCCGAGGCAUCGCCGCGGCCGGCCGUGGAGCGUGAGCCCAGCCCGCCGCCGGGGCCCGUGCGCUCCCAGGAGGAGAUCCUGCAGGAGCAGAUGCUGCUGGUGCGACGGUCGCUGACGGAAAUCCUUCUGGAGGUGACGACGGAGCAGCUGGAGGAAGUCGCCCAUCAAGUGUUGCACAAGUUCAGAGCGAAAGCUCCAGCGUUGCAACUGAGGAAGACCCAGGCGUUAGCGUCUUUGACUGGGAAGCUUGGUCUGGGGAUAUACGGAGACAGCGAGGAGGAGUCUGAGGACAGCGACGACGAGCCGGGCUCGCGCAGGGACAACGCUGUGGACUCGGACCAGGAGCUCAAGGACCAAAUACUGAGGCGCAAGCAGGAGUUCUCCAAGAUAGAGCGAGACAUAGAAACCCACUUGGCGCAGGAGGAAGAGCGAGAGCGGCAAGAGUUGCGCUCGCGAGCGGCCGCCACGGCCGCACAGGAAGAGGAGAGCGACGACGAGCGGGUGAAGAGAGGGGAGACACAGGUAGAGAACCAAUCAGAUACAAAGCGACCGUCAGCACACCACGGCACAAUAAUUGCAGACUCGGAGGAGGAGGCGGACGCCAGACCUCGGUAUUCCGGCGAGCAGGAAGCUCCCGCCGCCUCUCGGAAGUCGUCGCGGGAGGACGACGGGGUGGCGUCGGAGGAGGAUAAGGGGGAGAGGCGAAAGGUGAGGUCGUCCAAGAGAGAAUCGGAGGAGUCGCGAAACAGCGUCAGCUCCGACAACAACGCGGCGACCGGCGAGGACGGGGCGUCGGAGUCGAAGAGCUCGUCCAGCUCGGAGAGCAGUCGCCGCAGCUCGCGGAAGAGCUUCCAGCGCUCGCGCAGAAGAGACGUGCGCCGGAGCGGGAAGGAGGAGCAGAGGCGCUCGCGCAGGUCGCGAGAGAGGGAGUGGGAGGCCAAGGAGCGCGAGAGGAGCGGCAGGGAGAGGCGCGAACGCGAGCGCAGGGGGUCCCACAGUCGCAGCAGGGAGGACGACAGCCGGCGGUCGCACAGACACGGCCACUCUGGCCACGGCGAGAAGAGCGGUCGGCACCGUCGCAGCCACCACCGUCGCCGCGAGCGCUCGUCCAGCAGCUCGAGCGGUCGCAGGUCGCGCUACAGUCGCUACGAGUGACCCAUCAUUCCUGAGAUGUGUGUCGAAAAUUACUUCCCUUAAUCAAUGUUGUCAUUAUGAUAGAACAUAUGGACCAAAGCAAUUAACUGUACUUUUGUUUUUUAAAUAUUUAUUUUAAUUUUUUUGUACUUUUGGUUAAAUUAUUAUAAUUUUACAUCUUUCACAGUUUUUGUUCACUGUAUUUUCUAGCAUUGCAAUCAUUGAUAAUGGGUACGUCACAGAAUAUUAGUUAUAAACCUGCAAAGCAUUUUUAUGUUGAAGAUGAAAUGUUGUGAGGUAAGACUGUAAAGCAAGUGAGCCUUUUAUUUUUUGUUAACAGUGGUCAUGCUGAGAAAUAAAUUAGUGCCGAAACAGAAACUGUUGUGAAGUGAGGGGAACAUUGAGUGUAUGUGUGGUGCAGAAUGUGAACGUGUGUCCACUUUGUCUGUGUGGGUGACAAGAGCUCGGUGCUCAGCCGUUUAUUUUAGUGGGUCUCUGCAAGUGUGCUACAGGACACGCAACAGGCUAGGCAGGGAUGCCACUACUUGUGUAAAUACGUAAAUAUUGGUUUUUUACAAUUCCUAUGUAAAGUUUAUUAAAUUUCAAUUCUAUUAA